AUGUUUAUUGGUUACACUCACACGCAGAAGGGAUACAAAUGCUACAUUCCAGAGUCUAGGAGGGUGAUGGUGUCCAGAGAUGUCAACCAGCCUACAAGUGGUGGUGUGGCGCCCUCAAUAUCAGAAGUACCAGCUGCUGAGGGUCAUACUGAGGCAGAACCAACUAUUGAGACAGCUCAUCUUGAUCCUGAGGGGGGAAAUGAAAAUGAAGAUGCACCAGAGGAUGAUCUUUCAUCAGUUCAUGAUCAAGAUGAUGCUGGAGAAGCUGAAGAAUCUGGUUCUAUGGCAGGAGAUACAGAAGAGGAUGAAGGAGUUAGUCUCGAACAUAAAGCAUUGCUGGAAGCUUUGACUCGUCGAAUGCAUACUAUGAUGGAAACAAGGUUGGGUACCUUCCGCGAAGAGCUUGAUGCUCAGUCUUCAGAACCUAGACAUGAACCAAGGCAGAAUAGACGUGAACCAAGGCAGAAUAGGCGUGAACCAAGGCAAGAUAGGCCUGAACAUGGUAGACGUGAGCAUGAGGGUUCAGAGGAGACUGAUAACUACUAUGAGAGGGCUCGGCACAGUUCAGAUUCUAGACACAGCAGCCGUAGCAGCCGUAGCAACCGUAGACACAGACGUGAUCAUCGUCAACACAAUGAGCUUGCUGGGUUAAAGCUAAAGAUUCCUCCUUUCCAUGGCAAAGCUGAUCCAGAUGCUUAUCUAGAGUGGGAAAAGAAGAUUGAGCUAGUCUUUAAUUGUCAACGCUACCCAGAGCUUAAGAAGAUUCAAGUUGCUGCCACUGAGUUCUAUGAUUAUGCCUUGAGCUGGUGGGAUCAGUUGGUUACAAACAAGAGGCGUAAUGGGGAGUUUCCUAUUGAGACAUGGGCUGAGAUGAAAGCGGCAAUGCGUAGAAGGUUUGUUCCAAGCCAUUAUCAUCGUGACCUUCACCAGAGACUAAGAAAGCUCACACAAGGAUCACGAUCUGUUGAGGAGUAUUUCCAGGAGAUGGAAUUGUUAAUGUUGAGAGCUUGCAUAUCAGAGGACAGAGAAGCCACUAUGGCUCGGUUUCUUGGAGGUCUUAACCGAGAGAUACAGGACAAUGUGGAGAUGCAACACUAUGUGGAGUUGGAAGAAAUGUUACACAAGGCGAUUCUUGUGGAGCAACAAGUUAAGAGGAAGCACCAUCCACGGGGGAGUUACAGUAACAACAAGUAUCAGCAGGCCAAAGAUGAGAAACCAGAGUAUCAACGAGACAGUAAGCCUCAACCGAAAGAUGAUACAAAGCUAAGCAACAGCUACAGCAAAGAUAAAGGAAAAUCUGAAGCUACUACCUCACGGGCCAGAGAUGUUAAGUGUUUUAAAUGUCAGGGGCGUGGCCACUAUGCCAAUGAGUGCACCAACAGGCGUGUCAUGGUUCUUUUGGACAAUGGAGAGUUUGAAUCUGAGGAUGAGGAAGCUGAGAUUGACCAGGAGCACUCUGAAGAAGAAACUGAAGUGGAACCAGUCCGAGGAAGAUUGUUGGUUGCAAGAAGAACUCUUAGCUUGCGAAGCAAAUCAGAUGAGCUUGAUCAAAGGGAAAACUUGUUCUAUACACGCUGCAUGGUUCAAGGAAAGAUAUGUAGCCUGAUCAUUGAUGGUGGGAGCUGUGUCAAUGUUGCUAGCGAGACAGUAGUGAAGAAACUUGGUUUGAGCACUCAGAAACAUCCCAAACCAUAUAGAUUGCAGUGGCUCAACGAGAAGGGAGAAAUGAGAGUGUCUACUCAGGUUUCCAUACCCUUGUCCAUUGGGAGAUAUGAAGAUGAGAUUCUCUGUGAUGUGAUACCAAUGGAAGCAAGUCAUAUCUUACUUGGAAGGCCGUGGCAGUAUGAUAGGAAGGUUACACAUGAUGGUUUUGCUAAUAAGCAUACUUUUGAGUUCAAUGGCAAGAAAACCACCCUAGUACCUCUGACUCCUAAUGAAGUGCAUCAAGAUCAGUUACAGAUGCAAAAGAAGAAAGAAAUAGAUCUCCCACCAGAGAAAAACAAGCAUCUCAACUUCUAUGCCAAAACUGGUGAUAUCAAAAGAUCUCUUUUCUCUAAACAACCUGUUCUAUUACUUGUUUAUAAAGAAACUCUUUUGAAUCUAACUGAUUGUACACCGGAGUAUCCGAGUGAGAUGUCAGAUCUUUUACAGGAGUUUGGUGAUGUAUUCCCAGAAGAUAAUCCCAAUGGACUUCCACCAAUUCGUGGGAUUGAGCACCAGAUCGAUUUUGUUCCAGGAGCUACUCUUCCUAACCGACCAGCAUACAGAACUAAUCCAGUGGAGACUAAAGAACUACAAAGGCAGGUUGAGGAGCUAAUGGAGAAAGGCCAUAUCCGUGAGAGCAUGAGUCCAUGUGCUGUACCAGUACUCCUUGUCCCAAAGAAAGAUGGAAGCUGGCGCAUGUGUGUUGAUUGCAGAGCUAUCAACAAUAUAACAAUUAGGAUGAAAGAGGGGGAUGAGUGGAAAACAGCCUUUAAGACUAAGCAUGGCUUGUAUGAGUGGUUGAGCUUAGAAGAGCAUAUAGGUCAUCUUAGGACUGUUCUUGAUGUGUUAAGGAAAGAAAAGUUGUUUGCAAAUCUUAAGAAAUGCACUUUCUAUGGAGUAAAGGUGGAUCAAGAGAAAGUGAAAGCUAUACAAGAGUGGCCGAUUCCUAAGACCAUAAGUGAUGUGAGAAGCUUCCACGGACUAGCUGGAUUCUACAGGAGAUUUGUGAGAGACUUUAGCACAAUAGCAGCUCCACUGACUGAGGAAAAGAGGCCCAUAGCUUACUUCAGUGAGAAGCUUGGAGGAGCAACUCUCAAUUAUGCUACCUAUGACAAGGAACUCUAUGCUUUGGUGAGGGCUUUACAGACUUGGCAACAUUAUCUAUGGCCCAAGGAGUUUGUCAUACACACUGAUCAUGAAUCUCUGAAGUACCUCAAAGGCCAGAACAAGCUUAGAUUUGAACAGCUCAAAGAAAUGUAUGCAACUGAUUCUGACUUUCAGGAAGCUUAUAAAUCUUGUGAAAAAUAUGCUGCUGGACAUUACUUUAGGCAGGAUGGGUUUCUAUUCUAUGAUAACAGAUUGUGUGUGCCUAACUGUUCUUUAAGAGAUUUAUUUGUUAGGGAAGCCCACGGAGGAAGCUUAAUGGGACAUUUUGGCAUUGCCAAGACACUUAAAGUGAUGCAGGAUCACUUCUUUUGGCCACAUAUGAAACGAGAUGUUGAGAGAAUCUGUGGAAGGGUCAGUAUAGAUGGAAAAAAGAAAGCAGAGAUGGUACAGCAACUCCAUGAGCAGGCUAGGAAGAACAUUGUUGAGAAGACAAAGCAAUACGCCAAGACAGCAAACAAAGGCAGACGAGAGAUGAUCUUGGAUGUUGGUGAUAAA